GUCCAGCUGAGCGGAGCACCACCAAAACCCUACCAAAUGCACUCACCCUAAAACCCUAAAUCCCCACGAAAACCCCACCCAAAGGAAAACCCCCAAUACCCACAAAAUGAUUCGGAGUUACAGUUCAGGAGAAUUGAGUCGUGAAAGUUUCCAACCUCACAUCUUGGUUUUGCCCAGACUACGUACAAGCGUAAACUUUUAUUCCCAGAUGCUGAAUUCAAGAGGAUGUAGGUUUCAUCCAGAGUUUAAGCUACACUGUCAUCCUAAAACCCUGUUUUUGCCUGCUAGAAGUUCUUCGAGUAAUGUUAAAAAGAAGAGGUAUGGAGGUGUUUUGCCUUCGAUUCUUAGGUCUUUGGAUUCCGAUAAGGAUUUAGAGAAAACCCUUGCUUCGGUUUGUGAGAAUUUGAGUCCUAAAGAACAGACUCUGGUACUCAAAGAACAGAGUAACUGUGAGAGGCUUAUUCGUGUUUUUGAGUUUUUCAAAUCAUUGAAAGAUUAUGUGCCGAAUGUAAUUCAUUAUAAUAUCGUGCUUCGAGCGCUGGGGAGAGCUCAAAAAUGGGAUAAGUUGAGGCUUUGUUGGAUUGAAAUGGCGAAAAAUGGUGUCUUGCCCACGAAUAAUACUUACGGUAUGCUUGUUGAUGUUUAUGGGAAGGCUGGUAUGGUGAAAGAAGCAUUGCUGUGGAUUAAGCAUAUGAGACUUAGGGGACUUUACCCCGACGAAGUAACCAUGAAUACGAUUGUUAGGGUUCUCAAGGAUGCUGGGGAUUUUGAUAGGGCAGAUAGGUUUUAUAAGGAUUGGUGCAUUGGGAGGGUGGACUUGAAUGAUAUUGAGUUGGAUUCGAUGAUUGAUUUAGACAAUGGGUCUGGUUCAGCCAUUAGUUUUAAGCAGUUUCUGUCCACUGAGCUAUUCAGGACAGGUGGUAGAAGUCCUGUUUCGGGAACUUCAGGUUCACCAGAUACAGAAAGUUCUGUGAGAAAGCCACGACUAACGUCUACAUACAAUGCUUUGAUUGAUUUGUAUGGAAAAGCAGAUCGCCUCAAAGAUGCUGCGGAUGUGUUUGCUGAAAUGUUGAAAUCCGGUGUGGCAAUGGAUACAAUCACCUUUAACACUAUGAUCUUUACAUGUGGAAGUCAUGGUCAUUUAUUGGAGGCUGAAUCCUUGCUUGCUAAGAUGGAAGAAAGGGGAAUACCUCCUGACACGAAGACUUAUAACAUCUUUUUGUCUUUGUAUGCUGGUGCAGGAAAUAUUGAAGCAGCCCUGGAAUAUUAUAGGAAAAUCAGAAAAGUAGGUCUUUUCCCUGAUAUUGUAACUCACAGAGCUGUUCUUCAUAUAUUGUGCGAGAGGAAUAUGGUUCAAGAAGCGGAGACUGUGAUUGAAGAAAUGGAGGAAUUUGGUAUUCACAUUGAUGAGCAAUCUCUUCCUGUAAUUAUAAAGAUGUAUAUUGCUGAAGGACUGCUUGACCGAGCAAAGAUGCUUUUUGAAAAGUUCAUUUCGGAUCAUGAGCUUUCAUCCAAAACAAGUGCUGCAAUUAUAGAUGCUUAUGCUGAAAGGGGGCUUUGGUCUGAAGCUGAGGCUGUAUUUUAUGGCAAAAGAGAUAGUCCGAGGCAGAACAGAAGUGUUCUCGAGUAUAAUGUCAUGGUCAAAGCCUAUGGCAAAGCAGAACUUUACGAUAAAGCUUAUUCUCUCUUCAAGAGCAUGAGGAAUCAUGGGACUUGGCCUGACGAAUGCACUUAUAAUUCCCUAAUUCAAAUGUUUUCUGGAGGUGAUUUAGUGGAUCAUGCAAGAGACCUCUUAGGUGAAAUGCGAGCAGCAGGAUUAAAACCAAAGUGUCAAACAUAUUCCUCUCUUAUUGCAUGCUAUGCCCGUCUUGGCCAGCUUUCUGAUGCUGUUGAUGUGUACCAAGAAAUGAUCAGUGCAGGGGUGAAGCCUAAUGAAGUUGUUUUUGGGUCCUUAAUCAAUGGAUUUGCUGAAACUGGUGGUGUUGAAGAAGCUCUUCAAUAUUUUCGCAUGAUGGAAGAAUCUGGUAUAUCGGCAAACAAGAUAGUGCUAACUUCGCUGAUUAAGGCUUAUACCAAGGUCGGGUGUUUGGAAGGAGCAAAACGUGCGUACGAAAAGAUUAAGGAUCUAGAGGGUGGUCCAGAUAUUGUUGCAUCAAAUAGUAUGCUAAAUCUUUAUGCGGAUUUAGGGAUGGUAUCUGAAGCCAGAUGUGUUUUUGACAAUCUGAAAGAAACUGGUAGCGCGGAUGGGUUUUCGUUUGCAGCUAUGAUGUAUUUGUACAAAAGCAUGGGUAUGCUCGACGAAGCGAUUGAUGUUGCAGAUGAGAUGAAACAGUCUGGUUUGUUAAGGGACUGUUCUUCAUACAAUAAGGUGAUGGCAUGCUAUGUCACGAAUGGCCAGUUGCGUGGAUGUGGUGAAUUGUUGCAUGAAAUGAUUAACCGAAAGAUUUUGCCCGACAUGGGAACCUUUAAUGUACUAUUAACGUCACUCAAGAAGGGAGGCAUUCCGAUUGAAGCCGUAACACAACUAGAAUCAUCAUACCAGGAAGGGAAACCAUAUGCAAGACAAGCUGUUAUCAUUACUGUUUUUUCUUUAGUAGGUUUACAUGCUUAUGCACUCAAAUCUUGUGACGCCAUCAUAAAAGCGGAAAUACCUCUCGAGUCUUUUGUGUACAAUGCAAUGAUAUAUGCUUACGGGUCAUCAGGGCAGAUUGACAAGGCUUUGAACGUGUUCAUGAAAAUGAAGGAUGAUGGUCUGGAGCCAGACAUUAUUACUUAUAUUAAUCUGGUGAGUUGUUAUGGGAAAGCUGGUAUGUUGGAAGGUGUGAAGAGAAUAUACAGCCAACUAAAGUUCGGAGAGAUUGAGCCUAACGAAUCGUUGUUUAAGGCUGUCAUGGAUGCAUACAAAGAUGCUAACAAGCCAGACCUUGCUGAAUUAGUCAACCAAGAGAUGAAAUUCGCUUUUGAAGGACCAGAUUAUUCGGAGUCUGAGAUUGAAGGCGAAAGCAAAAGCGAAGAAGACAUUGUUCUCGACCUGUAGAAUUCAAGUAUAUAUUUACCAAGAGAUGAAAUUUGUGCUCAAAAAGCAAAGAUUAUUUGGAGAGCCCAAGGCCGAAGGAAAGAACACGGUAUGUUCUCUUGAAUCUUAGAAUCCAAUAUCGUAUUCAAAUGUAUUGAACUGUCUCCGAUGGGGUGUAUACUGUAGAGUGACAGCAACAUAAAAAGCUUCCAAGAUUUAGUUGUGUAGAUAAUAGAAGUCAAAAGUGAUUGAAGAAGGUAGAAUGUAAAUAGUGGCUUCAAUUUAUACCAAAAUUAAGCAUGUUUUUCUGAGUUGUUCAUAAUUCUAAUUGGGUGUUGAGCUUGGGCCUC